AGGGGCUCAUUUAGCUGCGUGCCCAUUGGCCAGCAGUUCUAGCGCCAAGAUUCCAAUAAAAGGGCGAGCAGCGGAAGCCCUAUACUGUCUCCGUCUAUCUGCAGCUACUAAGCUUUAGCUUUCUGCUCCUUUUAGCUUCUUGUGUUUUUUCCUUUGUGUCCGUUUGAACCCGAAAAGUCACAAUGCUGACCGCGCGCUCCCCGCUCUCCGUGAAGAACGAGCAGACCCUCAGCGGGCAGCUGGACAAAAUGUCUCUGGACAAAGAGAACACGCCUCCGGGCCCGAACAGCAGCCGCAUCCUGGCGUCCAAAACCGCGCGGAGGAUCUUCGACGCUGCUGCGCCCAAAGUGAAAAAGAGCAGCAGCUUGCAGGAGGAGGAGCCUCUGCUGAAGGACAACCCUCGCCGCUUCGUCAUCUUCCCCAUCGAGUACCACGAUAUCUGGCAGAUGUACAAGAAGGCAGAGGCGUCCUUCUGGACGGCAGAGGAGGUGGAUCUGUCCAAGGACCUGCAGCACUGGGAUGCCAUGAAGGACGAAGAGCGCUACUUCAUCUCCCACGUGUUGGCCUUCUUUGCCGCCAGCGACGGCAUCGUCAAUGAGAACCUGGUGGAGCGCUUCAUGCAGGAAGUGCAGGUAACGGAGGCCCGGUGUUUCUACGGUUUCCAGAUCGCCAUGGAGAACAUCCACUCAGAGAUGUACAGCCUGCUGAUCGACACGUACAUCAAGGACCCCAAAGAGAGAGAGUACCUGUUCAAUGCCAUCGAGACGCUGCCGUGCGUGAAGAAGAAGGCUGACUGGGCGCUCAACUGGAUCGGCAACAAGAACGCCACCUACGGAGAGCGCGUGGUGGCCUUUGCCGCUGUGGAGGGGAUCUUCUUCUCGGGUUCGUUCGCCGCCAUCUUCUGGCUGAAGAAGAGAGGCCUGAUGCCCGGCCUGACCUUCUCCAACGAGCUCAUCAGCAGAGACGAGGGUCUGCACUGUGACUUUGCCUGUCUGAUGUUCAAACACCUGGUGAACAAACCGCCCAAGGAAACUGUCAUCAGCAUCAUCAAGAACGCCGUGGAGAUCGAGCAGGAGUUCCUGACUGACGCUCUGCCCGUCAAGCUCAUCGGGAUGAACUGCGACAUGAUGAAACGGUACAUCGAGUUCGUGGCCGACAGACUGUUGCUGGAGCUCGGCUUCUCCAAGAUCUACCGGGUGGAGAACCCUUUUGACUUCAUGGAGAACAUCUCCCUGGAGGGAAAGACCAACUUCUUUGAGAAGCGGGUGGGCGAGUACCAGAGGAUGGGCGUGAUGGCGACGCCCACGGACAACACCUUCCGGUUGGACGCUGACUUCUGAUGGUGGAGCGUCCCUGCUGUCACACUACCUCCGUCCCGGUGCAUGCUGGAACAGACUCUUGGACUUUUAGGGUCAAAUGAUGAACUGAAUCUUUAUUUACAGACUUGAGUCUGUGAGCCGCAGCAUUAGACCUGAUCAAAUCUAACGCUGUGGCUCAGCGCUUUGUAAAUAUGUCAGGGUUUUAAAUGUGUACAGUUUACAUUUGUUUUUGUUUUUUAGUGUAUUUUUAAUACUGAGCUUUAAUAAAUGACUCCGUGAACAGGAA